AGGGACUGCGCUCAGAAACGUGGACAUCAGUGCCUUCUGCGUGGCCCUUCCAUCCACCUGUCGUACACCUCCAUGGCACCCCUCAAGGUAACAGCAGCUAUCGUGGCCUUAGUCGCCACGCUGGUAUCGGCCAGUCCAUCCGACCCCUACCGCCCAAGAUAUACUCCAGCGCCUUACCACCACCCUCCAGUUUACGUUCCAAAGUCUAUCUACGGCCCCAAGCCUAUUUACCACCCAGAGCCAAUCUACAAACCUAAGCCUGUUUAUAAGCCAAAACCUGUUUACAAACCUGAGCCUGUAUAUGAACCUGAGCCAGUGUAUGACCCUGAACCCAUUUACAAACCAGAACCCGUUUACCCACCCGAACCAGUUUACAAACCUGAACCAGUUUACAAACCAGAACCAGUUUACAAACCCAAACCAGUUUACAAACCUGAACCAGUUUACAAACCUGAACCUUACAAACCUAAAUCUUAUCACCCAGAGCCAGAGUACAAUGAGGAGCCAAAACCCUACUCCUUUGACUAUGGUGUGAAUGACCACUACUCAGGCACGAACUUCGGUCACACUGAGAACUCUGACGGCAAAUCGGUGAAGGGAUCCUACUCUGUGGUUCUUCCCGAUGGUCGCAUCCAGACUGUGACUUAUGUCGCCGACCACUACAAUGGCUUCCAAGCCGAAGUUACCUAUGAGGGAGAGGCCAAGUAUCCAGAAUACCAUCCUGAACUAGCUUACAAGCCAGCUCCAUACCAUCCACCCAAGCCAGCGUACAAGCCCACUUCAAAGCCAGUCUACCAUCCUGAACCAGUGUACAAGCCAAGGCCAGCGCCUUACAAGCCCCCUACCUACCUUCCAGACCCAAUCUACCCCACCUACCAUUAGGGCUCUCUACCUUGAAGCAACUUAUGGUAGUUCGUUUCUUCCCCCUCCAGAUAAAUUCUCAUGCCAUAUAAUCCCGUAAGGCAACAAGAGAGGCUCUAGCAAUGAAGAUGUCAUCUACAUACCCUCCCACCUGCUGAAUUUUUGGGGGAUAAAAAAAACCCUGAAACUGUUAUGUUCUAUUAUUGUUGAUUGAUUGUUUGAUUUUUGUUUCUAGGCUAUGGCUUAUGGCUCUAGAAAGAUCAUAAUGUUAAGAAUUACGCAAACCAGCGAACAUAUAAUUAUUUAUUUCCCUUAUUCAAAAUAAUUGUCAGUCUCCCGCUAUCAAGAUUAUCUUAACUACUCAUUCAUCCAUCAUCCUUUUUAGAACACAUCACAUUCACCAUAAUCACUGAUCUGUCUACAUAUUCCACAAACGUCUCUCAUGCUCCCCUCCCGCACUGAUAUCGUCAUCCCUUUCCCAUAUUCCAUCAUCUCUUCCACCCCAGACACCAGCAGCUCGAGGGCAGAAAAUUAAAGAAGAGCCAGUGAACCUCAGCCUAGGGGUGCCAUGGUUAAAAAGGUAGUCAGUCUUUAGUUGAUGUACCAUUUAGGUGCUCCGGACGACCGAAAGCGUAGUUGUAUGCAGGACAAAACUUACUAUGUAUAAUAUAUAUUUUUAUAUUAAUAUAAUGUAUACCAAAAUACUGUGAAAAAAAAACAAUAAAAAUGAAAUAAU